AGGGGAAGUUUAGGUUGGACAGCAGAAAGAGAUUCUUCACCCAGAGGGUGGCUGGGCACGGGAAUAGGGUCCUCAAGGGAGUGGUGACAGUACCAAGCUUGAUGGAGGCAUUUAAGGAGGCAUUUGGACAAUGCUCUCAGAUAUAUGGUGUGAUUCUGGGGGGUAUCUGUGCAGCAUCAGGAGUUGGACUUGAUGGUAAUUUUGGGUCCGUUCCAACUCAGCACAUUCUAUGACUCUGUGAGCAGAAUUUUCUCUCUCAGCCUUUCCUCCUAAGAGAUGCUCCAGUCGAUCAGUCACCUCUCUUGCUCUCUGUUGGAGCCGCUCCAGGAGCUCCACGUCUCUCUUGUCCUGAGGAGCCCAGGACUAGACACAACACUCCAGGCGUGGCCUCAGCAGGGCUGAGCACAUGGAAAGGAUCACCUCCUUGGGCCUGCUGGGAAUACUGUUCCUGACGCCCUCAGGAUACCCGUGGCCGCAGGGGCACACGGCAGCCUCACGGAGGCCUCGCUGCCCGGCCUGUCCCCGCCCCGGCGCACUGUACGGCACCUCAGCGCGGCACUGUCGCACGGCAGCAGCGCGGCGGCCAAUGGGGAGCGGCGCCCGGGACACGCAGUCGGCAGGCGCGGCCGGGCCGCACGUGGGCGCUGAGAGCGGCGCGCGCGGGAGCCGCCGGCGGGCCGGGACUGCGGGAACAGCGGGGACAGCCGGGACAGCCGGGACAGCCGGGAUCGCGGGUGUUGCCGCGAUGGAGAACAAGGGUAAAAAGAAGUUCGUGGGGAAGAGUGGAAAAGGACCUCGUGGAAAAGCGCCGCACGGAAAAAGGAAAUUUAAAAGGGAUAAUGAUUCAGGUCCAGCAAAGAAAGUCUUUAACAAAGGAGAUGAGGAAGGAAAGCCUAAAUCCACUCCCAAGAAAUUUGUUAAAGGACAGUUAAGGCCUGGAAAAGCUACUGUCAAACAAUUCAAGAAUAAACAGCAGCCAGAAAAGUUUGCAAAGAAGAGAAAACUCCAGGAUGGUGAAGAGGGAGGGUCAGAUUCUAAGAAGCCAAAUUGGAAUGACUUCAAAAAGAAAAGGAAAGAGUUAAAGCAAACAAGACAAAUUAAUGAUAAAAGUAAUUAUGACAUAAUUGUAAAAUCUAAACAAGUAUGGGAAAGCCUGAGAAGGAAGAAAUGUGAUAAGGUGAAACGAGAAAAGCUGAUGAACGAACUACAGAAGCUUCUUCAUGGAAAAAUUAAAAAUUUGGCGUUUGCGCACGAUUCAACCCGAGUGAUACAGUGCUUUAUUCAGUAUGGUAAUGAGAAGCAAAGGCAAGAGACAUUUGAAGAAUUGAAAGAUAGCCUAAUAGAGUUGAGCAAGUCAAAAUAUUCCAGAAAUAUUGUGAAGAAAUUUCUUAUGUAUGGGACGAAAGCACAAGUUGCAGAAAUAAUAAAAAGUUUUAAAGGCCAUGUGAAAAAAAUGCUCCGUCAUGCCGAAGCAUCUGCUGUGGUGGAGUAUGCAUAUAAUGACAAAGCCAUUCUGGAGCAGAGGAAUAUGCUGACAGAAGAACUAUAUGGGAACACUUUCCAGGUUUACAAGACACCGGCUGUCCCAACACUGGAUAAAGUGCUAGAAGCUCAACCUGAAAAGAGAGAGGCCAUCUUAGAUGAAAUGAAGCAGAUUCUUACACCAAUGACACAAAAAGAGGCGGUGAUAAAGCACUCACUGGUACAUAAAGUAUUUUUGGACUUUUUCACUCACGCUCUUCCGAAACAAAGAUCUGAAAUGAUAGAAGCUAUCAGAGAGGCUGUCAUCUACCUGGCACACACUCAUGAUGGAGCCCGAGUAGCAAUGCACUGUUUAUGGCAUGGCACUCCCAAGGACAGAAAAGUCAUUGUGAAAACUAUGAAGACAUAUAUUGAAAAAAUAGCAACGGGUGAGUUUUCUCAUCUCGUCUUGCUGGCAGCAUUUGAUUGCAUUGAUGACACUAAACUUGUGAAGCAGUUAAUUCUAUCAGAAAUAAAGGCUUCUUUGCCUGAUAUAAUAAACAACAAAUAUGGAAAGAAGGUCUUGUUGUACUUGCUAAGUCCUAGAGAUCCUGCACAUUUUGUUCCAGAAAUCAUCUCACUUCUGCAACAGGGAGAUGGAAAUGCCUAUAGUAAGAAGAAUACUGAACUCCGUCGUCAUGAACUCCUGGAAGCCAUUUCCUCGCCUUUGCUAGAAUAUUUGCAAGAACAUACCCAAGAAGUAGUGAUAGACAAAGCUACUUUUGUCUUGGUUGCUGAUAUUUUAAGAACAGCUCCUGGUGACAUCCAGCCUGCACUAGAUGCAAUUGCUAAGUUAGCAGCAGAAGAGCUGGUUCCAGGGGGCCGUGAUGGACAGCUCCACAUUGCAGAACAUCCGGCAGGCCAUCUAGUUUUGAAAUGGUUAAUAGAGCAAGAUGAAAAAAUGAGAGAGAGUGGAAAAGAAGUUUGUUUUGGAAGAACACUGGUGGAACAUGUUGGUAUUGAGAAUCUGAAGACCUGGGCAGAAGUAAAUCGAGGUGCCAUUAUUCUUUGUUGCCUUCUUCGAAGCACUGAUGAAAACGUGGCAAACACAGUCAAAAAAGGACUAAAAAAGCUCAUCCCAAAGCUGAAACAGAAUAAAAACGUGAAAGGAAUAGAAGCAUUACUGGAGAAAUUGAGUUCGUAGUGUAAAUGAAUCUAAAAUAAUUAUUUGCAUCAAUGCAGUCAACUGAGAUUUGGUAAGAUUUUAUACCAUGGUUGUUUUAAGAAGCAGUGUGUGCAUUUGUAUAUUAAAUAAUUUCCAAAGCAA